GCUAUCGAAACACUUGAAAAUUACUAAAAUGAAAAUAAUUCAAACGUUUUUUACAGCUUUGCUGGCAUUUACUUUGACUGCUAAUGCAAGUGCUGGAUCAACUAAAGAAAAAUUUGAAAAACUUUUUCAAAACAGCGUCGAACUUAGUAGCACAAUCGGGUUAUUUUUCAAAGAAACUUUUAAACCCCAAUUAGGAAAUGGAUACUUUUACAUUUCCAACUGCAUAACUGAUAAAAUAAUAACUUUAAUGGCAAAAGGAACUGAACGACUUACUCGAAUUGACUCAAAUUACAUUACUGAAGUUUUAAAUGGACAGAACAGUUCACCAUUCCAAAAUAAUCUUAACUGUAUUAAAGAUGGAUUAGAUAAAAUGAGACUUGAAGUAGUUAAUGAAAGAAAUCUUGCAAAACAGUUUAAAAAUGAUCAUGUUUUUCUUAAUUCAACAAGAAAAACGUGUGAUGAAUAUGCAAACUACACAAAACCUUAUCAUACUUUUAUAUUUGAGGUUUAUAAUUCGAAAACAAAAGAACUAGGCUUGUUCAAUAACAAAUUUAAGAAUUUGGAAAUGCUUGAUUUAUAUCAAGAAUUCCUGAAUACCAAAGUAAAUUGUGGCUUGGCAGCUGUUGGAAUAGUGGCAUCUAAUAUUGGACAUGUAGAUCAACAAGAAGGAAUUGACUAUUUUCUGGGAACAAGUAAAAAUCUUUCGUUUCCAUUGAAUUGUAUUUCAGAUAGGUUUGACAAGGAAAUCAGUUCAAUCAAAGCUUUGUAUGCUGAACUUUUGAUGCAGUAAUUUAAAUCUACACGGCAAUACGGCAACGUUUAUUAACAUAUUAAUGUUGAGAGUUAUAUUACAUUUUAAAAGAAUAUCAGGAAUUCAAUAAAAUUUUAUUAUUCAAGAAUGG